UUCGCCAAAACCCGAUCCCAACUAAAUCGGCAUCUUCCAAAUUCACGGAAGCUUCCCUGGCCUACUUUUCCUUCAAAAGAAUGGUACGCCGGUUGCACUACGCUAAUCGCCGGCAAUGCCUUGAAAGCUGCGAUUCGAUUUACCGUAUUCGAUAGCAUUAAGAGUCUCUUAUGCGACGAGAAUGGGCAGAUUAGCGGAUCUCGGACGAUGGUAGCUGGCUUCACAGCUGGUAUUGCCGAGUCCGUUUUUGCGGUCACGCCCUUUGAGAGCAUCAAGACGCAACUGAUUGAGGAUCGAAAGCGUCCACAGCCACGAAUGAAUGGGUUCAUUCAUGGAACAAGAGUCAUUGCGCGCGAACAGGGAAUUCGAGGGUUCUUUAAAGGCCUUGUUCCUUCGACUGCGCGGCAAGGCGCAAACAGCGCGGUCAGGUUCACCUCCUAUAACACGCUGAAGAAGUAUGCCGAGGGGGUGUUUCCUUCUAAUGAGAAUGGAAAACUGGGGACAAUAGGUACCUUCGCUGUUGGUGGACUUGCUGGUAUCAUCACGGUAUACGCAACUAUGCCAUUGGAUGUGAUCAAGACUCGCAUGCAAAGCUUAGAAGCUCAUCGCAACUAUGGGAACUCUGUUUCCUGUGCAGUGCGCAUAUUCAGAGAUGAGGGUAUCCUGACUUUCUGGUCUGGAGCACUUCCCCGACUAGGUCGGCUAUCGCUGAGCGGAGCUAUCGUUUUCACUGUGUAUGACCAAUAUAUGAUAUUCCUUAUGUGA